AUGAAAAAUCAUCAUCUUCAACUCAAGGAUGUUGUUCUCGUGGCUCCUGGCCAAGACAUGUCCUAUAAUGAAAGGUUUGAUAUAAUGAUUAAAGAUGUCGAUGUGGAGUUUAGAUCUGAAGAGAUAUAUGCUUUUAUGGGAACUAGUGGAAGUGGAAAGACAACAAUAAUGGAAGGUAUAUCAGGUCUAUUUCCAGAAGAAUCCAUGACAAGCGGGCAGAUACUAAUAGACAACGAGGAAAGAGACUACUACAAAUGGCACAGCGAGCAUUCAUGUGGGAGGCAGUCUGGAUACUCAAUUGAAGAUCUAACUCUUGACGAGUUCAUUUACUAUACAGUUCUGUUUUCUUUCCCUAACGAAGACAAGGAACGCAUUAACGAGGUCAUAGAUAUAGUUCUUAAGGAUGUUCUCAAUUUGAAUGAUGUACGCCAUCACAAGAUGAAUAUGUUGUCUGGAGGAGAGCGUAAGAGAACAAACAUAGCUACUGCUUUGAUUAAGAUGCUUUUACUGGAGGGGAAAUUGAGAGUAGUGCUUCUUGAUGAGCCCACAAGUGAGCUUGACUCAGGGCUGGCAGUAAAGGUGGUAAGGUUUGUCAAGGAAUAUGCUCGAAGGAGUGGCGCAAUAGUGAUAUUGACGGUUCAUCAGCCAGGGCCCGAGCUCUUCAAUCUUUUUGAUAGUCUCCUGUUUUUGAACAGAGGGGCAAAGGUAUAUGCUGGUCCGCCCGAUAAGUUCAUUGAUUUUCUGAAUACCAAGGGAAUCUACAAUUCAGGUUUAUCAAAAACUAACAUGGAAUUUCUGUUCAGCCUCUUCACAAAAGGAAGUAAAGAGUCACAACAGUACGAGACUCAGAUCAAUAAUAUGUUGAGGGAGAUGAAGGAAGAAAAGGAAAAAAGAAGAAAAGUUAAGGAGAUAAAACUCAAGGUGGAAGAAGAUACUAGAAUUUCCCUUGUCCCCAGCCUUUCAUCGGCCAUCCUCUUGAUCAAGAGACAGUUGAUUUUAAGCGGGGUUCGAUCACGGGAGAUUUUACUUAGCUUGGCCAUAGUCCUAGGAUUAUCUAUCGCAAUCUUCUUUGCAGAAGUUAAUACUAAGACAGGGCGUCAAGUAGCUUGCAUCCGUGACCUAGUUUUUCUCCUUAGCUUGAUACCUUUUUCAAAUGCAAUACUAGAGAAAAGUCUUCAUUAUACCAGAGAAGAAAUCAGUAAAGGAUUGUACAAUACUGCAACCUUCUGGCUUUCGUCGGUAAUUUUUGAGUUUUUGAUGAUUGUCAUUAGAUGCACUUUAGGAUUAGGAACUCUCUAUUGCUUCGGGACUAUAGAAACAAGAAACCUUCCUUUCUUUUUCACCAACCUAAUAUUAAUGUUUUUCUCUUCCUGUCUUCCUCGCAUGAUGAUUGUCUCUGUGGCUGAACCCUCUACAGGUCUUGGAAAGAUUUUAUCUUUUGUAGCUAAUUUGGUUGUCCCAAUACUCGUAACUCUAGGAAUUCCCAAGGUCAUAAAAAACCUGCUACUACCAAAGGAAAUUUUGGGUUUUUUACCCCAAUCGAUUUCUUCUUUCCUUGAACUUUUUUAUGAAACUAUCUUUUAUGUUCAGAAGCCCUUUAGGUCUCGAAUAGAUAAAUUUUGUAAUUUACUAGUAGAAAGUGUAAAGGAGAAGAAGGAGAAGGAGAAUAUCGGAUCUAUCUUCCCCAUGCUCGUAAUGUUAUUUAUUUCUUUUCUCAUUAUUAGUAUUAUAAGUAUUCUUCUUCUGGACAGAAGGCUUACUCCCUCUGUGAGGCUUCAGUUGUCCGAUGAUAAGACUAAGGAAGAAAAAAGCCUUAAGAAAAAGUUCCAAUCUCUCUUCAGGGGCCCUUGGCUCAAACGAUUCCUGGUGUCUUUGGCUAUGGUUCUGGGAAUAACAGUUGUAUGGCUUAUUCUUUGGAAAUAUCUCUUUGGAUUUUCAAGAAUGGAGGAAAAGAAACCCUGUGCCGGAUGA